AUUGAUAUUUUUCCCUCCAACACAGCAACCCGACCCAGUUCGAACGAAUAUCGUCACUUUCGCUUUGUUUAACCCUAACUCUGAAAACCAAAGACACAAGUCGAAGUUGGAAGGAUCUGCAGAUAUGGCGGACGAAGCAACCAGAACUGCAUUUCUAGAGAUUCAAGCAAGCAUGAUUGAUCUCACCGGCAAGCUCAAGCAGGUGCAGACUCAGAUGCGCAACAAAGAGGGAGAUAGAAAACGUGCUUACUUAACCUUGGAGGAGCUACGCCCUUUGCCUCCACAUACCAACACCUACAAGUCUAUAGGAAGAACGUUUCUUCUAGAGCCCAAGACUGUACUAGAGGGUGAGCAAGAGCAGAAACUCAAGGAUAGUGAGGCUACAAUUGCUUCUCUUCAGAGCCAAAAGUCAGGAAUUAGAAACUGCAUAUCCUGAAGACAAAGCCCCAUAAUGGAGAAGCAUACUAACACAUUCGAAAUAUGAAACUAAACCACAUACUGAAAUAAAAGAGACCACUUGCGGUGCUUACGGAAGCGAAGAAGCUGAUAUUCAAGUCCAUAGCAACGACAAUCAAACGACCAUUACGAAGGACCUAGAGAUGCUCGAGCUGACCACAAGAACCACAGACUUGAGAAGACCAUAAACCAGCACAGGUCACAACCACAAACCCAAAGAGUACAAGCUCGGCAGAACAAUCGCAAGACCAAA